AUGCUUUUUCUCCAUGAUCCCAGCGCACAGCUUGUACUCCCGUUUAUAUCAGUGAUAGCCAUCAUAUUCUUUCCACCUCUAACCAAGGGCUGUCCGGACCAAUGCAUUUGCGACAGCCACCUUGCGGUCCAAUGCAUUGGGAAGGACCUGACUGACUUCCCUUCCAGCUUCCCGCUGGCCACCCGGCAGCUCAUCAUCUCCAACAACUACAUCAGGGAGCUGCCGGCACUACAGCUCAACUACCUGUCCGACCUGGUGUACCUGGACUGCAGUAACAACUCCCUGUCGGAGAUCACAGAGUCCACCUUUGGAAAUCUCCAGAAACUUGCUUACCUGGAUCUGUCCUUCAACGCCUUCACUCAGAUAGACGACGGAAUGUUCGGACCUUUGGCCGGCCUCAUAAUUCUGAGGAUGACGGACAAUCCCAGCCUUUCAGAGAUCUACCCCAAUGCCUUCGUAGAGAACAUGGUGCUGCAGGUGUUGGAUGUCAGCCGGAAUAACCUAACGGUGCUUAACAUCAGCACUCUCAUUGCUCUGCCUGCCCUCCGCAUUCUUGGCCUCAGCGGCAACCCCUGGCUCUGUAACUGCGACACAGAGGACCUCUGUCUCUGGAUGCAGAUCGAGGGAUCCAGAUUUCAGGAUGCAGAGCGAACCAUAUGCCAGGGUCCCCCGGAUAUGACAGGGCAACGGCUCGGAGACGUGGGGAUGCAACUGCGAACGGAAUGCCACCAAAGCCUGGGACAAUGGGACCUCCUGUUCUUCGCCGCCAUCGGCUUCAUCAUCUUCUCUGCCGGCACGGUGUCCGCCUGGGUGAUGGGUGCGCUCACGAUUCUGUAUGAGAACUACAGCAAGAAGAGGAGGCAGGAAGAGGAAGAGGAUGAGGAAUAGGGCCCGGAUGGACACAGG